GUCUGUAUCUACCUUCUAAACAAAUUGUUUGUAAGCGAAAGUUCUUCUUUAUUCGAGUACCUGUCGCACAAGAGUAAGCAACAAAAAUCGUAAUGAGCGUAACAAGUAAGAAUCAUGUAAUUAAUCCGGUUGAUCCAAUCAAACAUUGCAGCAAGUGUUGUAUCGAGGCACCGUAUUUCGGUGCUCCACAUUUAUUUCAAGUAACUCCCCCAGUGGACCAUGCAGAGGGCCCCACCUGGGACAGCCGCAAAGACAUCCUUUAUUUCGUCGACAUUCACGCUGGAGAUAUAUACUCUCUGAAAUUUCUAACCGGGGAAUUGGAUUCCAUUCAUUUAAACGGUGAAGUGACACCAGUUAUCCCGUCAAAAACUGACCCGGAAAUUCUAAUUGUUGGGGUAGACCGAAAUGUGGUCGCUGUGGAGUGGAACGGUAAAAGUAAAUUCUAUCGCACCAAGUUAUUGACAACUGUAUCAAAACAAUUCCCGACGAGUCGCUUCAAUGACGGCAAAGCCGACAAACAAGGUCGCUUGUGGUUUGGAACUAUGGGCUUUGAGGACUCGCGAGGUGUGACCCCAAACCAAGGCGUUUUGUACAAAAUAACGCGCGAGAACUUGGAUGAUCCGGAGGUCAUGGUGGCCCCAGUUAACAUAAGCAAUGGCCUUACUUGGAAUUACGCAAACGACAAAUUUUAUUACAUAGAUACACCGACGCGGAAAAUCGUUGAAUAUGAUUACGAUGAUGAGAAAGGUGCAAUUACGAACGGACGAGUUGUUUUUGACCUGGCGUUGUAUGAUGCGAUCAAGGGUAAUCCCGAUGGGAUGACCAUAGACCGGGAUGAUAAUUUAUGGAUUGCACUUUAUGGUGGAUGGGCUGUCAUCAAGGUUGACCCCAGGACUGGUCAUUUGCUUCAAGUUGUUUCAAUUCCUGCGGAAGCUGUGACCUCGGUCAUGUGGGGAGGCCCUAACAUGGACCUUCUCUUUGUGACAACAUCGAGAACAUCAUUAAGUCAAGAACAGAGGUUGAGGCAACCGUUGGCUGGAAGUGUUAUUGCGUUGGCUGGUUUGGGGACCAGCGGGUGGCAGGUUUUCGAUGCCGAUAUCGUGGAUAAAAUAUAGCUAGAAUUGGGUUGGUCAGUUGUAAAAUUUUGUUUUAAUAUCUAUACCUGUUUUUUAUUUAAAAAGCAAAUGACUAACCAUGACCACGCCAUUUGCACCACAGUGGAUGCAAGGGAAAGUAAUCACUUAUUUGGAUUAAUUGUAGAUUCAGUACUUAUGGCGCACCCAAGAAAAUCGCCACUUCUAAUGAAAUGAAAAUUCUGACAUUUUACACACCAGCCAGUACAAUCAUAAGGACCAUUCUCGAUUUUUAUUAUUUUUUUUUAAUAAAUAAUGUCGUAGCAGUUUUGUGAGUUUUUGGGCACUAACAGUUAAUUUGACUACAAAGUUUUGAGACUAAGUGAAUCCUUACUUGCUAGCCUAUCGACUCCUGGUAUCAGAAAUAUAAAUUUUUACUUGGUUUGUUAAAUAAAUUAUUAAAAGAUGGUAUAAUUUGCCAACAAAGGGAUCAAUUACCAGUAGCCAACCUUUUUGAAGCUGUUUAUUUACAGUCUUGCAAUAAAAUUGACAAAAACUGA